CCCAACGUCGAAAUUACCGUUGUCCUCUGCUUCUCUCAUUCUUGAAAUCCUCCUCUUUCUUAGACAAUUUAAUAAAAUAAAUAACAAAAAUGGCUCUCAAAGCUGUUCAUGUCUCCGAUGUUCCCAAUCUUGAUCAAGUCCCUGAUAAUGUAGCAUUAAACUUCUGCGCAACCCGCUUCUGCAAUGGUGUUAAUGGUGAUAGCGAUGAAGUAAAGGGUAGUUUUAAGUUUCCAAAAUUUGUUGUCAUGGGACACAGAGGAACUGGAAUGAACAUGUUGCAGUCACCUGAUAAAAGAAUGAAAUCAAUCAAAGAGAAUACAAUUCUUGCCUUCAAUGCAGCCACCAUUUUCCCUCUUGACUUCAUUGAAUUUGACGUUCAGGUGACCAAAGAUGAAUGUCCAGUCAUUUUCCAUGACAAUUUCAUCCUCUCUCAAGAAAAGGGUCUAAUUGUUCAGAAAAGAGUGACUGAUCUCAGUUUAGAAGAAUUUCUUUCCUAUGGACCCCAGAAAGAGCCUGGAAAAGUGGGGAAGCCUAUGUUUAGAAAACUAAAGGAUGGAAGAAUUUUUGAAUGGAAGGUUGAAAAAGAUGCUCCUCUAUGUACAUUGGAAGAGGCUUUCGAGAAAGUUGAUCACUCAAUAGGCUUUAAUAUUGAAUUGAAGUUUGAUGAUCAGAUAGAUUACGAAGAAGAACAACUUUCACAUAUACUUCAAGUUAUCUUGCAGGUGGUAUUUAAGCAUGCCAAGGACAGGCCUAUCUUCUUUUCCAGCUUUCAACCCGAUGCUGCUCUGUUGAUCCGGAAACUGCAGAGCACUUACCCUGUGUUCUUCUUAACCAAUGGAGGGGCACAAAAUUACACAGAUGUAAGAAGGGGUUCUUUAGAUGAGGCCAUUAAGGUGUGCAUGGUUGGUGGCUUGCAAGGGAUUGUAUCUGAAGUAAAAGCUAUCUUUAAAAAUCCAGGGGUAUUAGCAAGAAUCAAAGAGUGCAAGCUUUCUCUUGUAACAUACGGCGAAUUGAAUAACGUUCCGGAGGUGGUCUUCUUGCAACGUUUAAUGGGAGUUGAAGGGGUGAUUGUUGACCUUGUUGAAGAGAUCACUGAGGCAAUCACAGAUUUAAUUAGCAAUGUAAAUGUUGAAGAAGAGAGCUUGUUUGGAGAGGAUGGAAAGAUGAUAUUAAAAACAAAGCUCGAAAUCUCAAAGGAUGAACUCUCAUUUCUUUUUACUAAGCUUAUCCCAGAACUGAUACAGUCUAAUUGAAGGCAUUAAACACUUGGAAAUGCUCCCCAAACACUAGUCUUCUUUUUUCAAAUCUAGUGUAAAUAGAAACCCUUUUUUGUGCAUACUAUCACUUUGUACUAAUGGUUGUCCACUCUUGUAUGAAAAAGCUUUUACCUA